GGCCCGGCCCCAGCCUCAGCCAUGGCCGCUGAGAGCAGCAAGCAGUUCUGGAAGCGGAGCGCUAAGCUGCCGGGGAGUAUUCAACCUGUCUACGGAGCCCAGCAUCCUCCUCUGGAUCCCCGGCUCACCAAAAACUUCAUUAAGGAACGUUCCAAGGGCAAUACGCUGCCCCUGAAGAAUAAGAAGGCCUCUAGCUUUCACGAGUUUGCACGCAACACCAGUGACGCCUGGGACAUCGGCGAUGAUGAAGACGAAGACUUCUCCUCCUCUUUCCAAACCCUGAACUCUAAAGUGGCCAAGGCCACAGCAGCCCAGGUGCUGGAGAACCACAGCAAGCUGCGCGUGAAACCUGAGCGGGCCCAGUCUGCUCUCAGCGAGAUGCCAACCAACUGCAAGGUCAUCAAGUCCAGCAGCGAGGCCCAACUGUCCAGAUCACCUGAGGAUGCCUGCGUGCGGAACGCCCUGCACAAACAGCAGUCCCUCCCACUCAGACCCAUCAUUCCACUUGUCGCCCGCAUCUCCGACCAGAACGCGUCGGGGGCUCCCCCAAUGACCGUGCGGGAGAAAACGCGCCUGGAGAAGUUCCGGCAGCUCCUUUCCAGUCACAACACGGACCUGGAUGAGCUGAGGAAAUGCAGCUGGCCUGGCGUGCCCAGAGAGGUCCGGCCCGUGACGUGGCGACUCCUGUCGGGCUAUCUCCCUGCGAACAAGGAGCGGAGGAAGCUGACCUUACAGCGCAAGCGGGAGGAAUAUUUUGGCUUCAUCGAGCAGUAUUACGAUUCCAGGAAUGAAGAGCAUCAUCAGGACACCUACCGGCAGAUCCACAUCGACAUUCCCAGGACAAACCCUCUCAUCCCGCUCUUCCAGCAGCCGCUAGUCCAGGAGAUCUUUGAAAGAAUCCUGUUUAUCUGGGCCAUCCGACACCCAGCCAGUGGCUACGUCCAGGGGAUUAAUGACCUGGUCACUCCAUUCUUUGUUGUGUUCCUCUCCGAACAUGUUGAAGAGGAUGUGGAGAACUUUGACGUGACGACUCUGUCUCAGGAUGUGUUGCGGAGCAUCGAAGCCGAUAGCUUCUGGUGUAUGAGCAAACUACUGGAUGGCAUACAGGAUAACUACACCUUUGCACAGCCAGGGAUCCAGAAGAAGGUCAAAGCACUGGAGGAGCUAGUCAGCCGGAUCGAUGAGCAGGUACACAAUCACUUUAGGAAGUAUGAGGUCGAAUACCUGCAGUUUGCCUUUCGCUGGAUGAACAAUCUCCUGAUGAGGGAGCUCCCCCUGCGCUGCACCAUCCGCCUGUGGGACACCUACCAGUCGGAGCCGGAAGGAUUCUCCCAUUUCCAUCUGUACGUCUGUGCCGCCUUCCUGAUCAAGUGGCGGAAAGAGAUCUUGGAUGAGGAGGACUUCCAGGGUCUUCUAAUGUUGUUACAAAACCUACCCACAAUACACUGGGGCAACGAAGAGAUUGGACUCCUCCUUGCUGAAGCCUACAGACUCAAGUACAUGUUUGCGGAUGCCCCCAAUCACUACCGCCGAUAGGUGCCAGGACUCGGUCUCCCCACCCCGGCCUGAUCUAAUCACUGUGGCAUUUCAUCGUCGAAGUCCUCGGACACGCUGGCCAGGAGCCACUCCUAGCUGUACAAAGCUCACAUCGACUUUUGUCUUAACUCUUAUGUGUGCCUGCCUGCCACUCCAUGUGUGGAUGUGCCACUCAAACGACCAUCAGUAUUCCAUGCCGUUCUGGUGGCCCGAGUCUGGGGGGAAAGGAGGCAGAGAGUGGCAGCUUCUGUGGCUUUAAGUAUAAACUGAGCCAAGGAUUGAGCCUCUGGAUGCCCCCGCAGGCCUGGCCUGGCUGUCACCAGCCAUCUUAGCCUUGCUGCCUCUUGUUAACCCAUCCAGGCACACACGCGCGCACACACUCCCAGCUGGGUCCAUUUUCCCUUCAGACACAGUUUGAUCCAACUCCCAGACGAAAAUGCCUUACCAGAGACCUGCCCGGGUGGAACCCUUUCUGAGGGCGGCAGUGCUGUAGGAUGCAAAAAGCUCUCAGGACCUAGCUUCACUCCAAGUGUCUGAAGAAACGCAGCACUUCAAAGGUAACAGGAGAUAUGCUCACGCCCUCUCUCUCUUCCUCUCAUGCAGCACAUGGGUGCACACAUGUUGUGGGGGGUGCACGUGUGUGAGGGAGGCUGGCCCAUACAUGCACUGUCCUGAGUGACACAUGUCCACUGGACAAGACUCCUCCUGUGACUGAUCUGACCUGCUGUGCGCACAGCCCCCCACCCCACCCCACCCCCCAGCAGGGCUGGCAGGGGGGGAGCCGUGCCUCUUGAAAUCCUCUUUCCAUGACGACACUCCUCUUCCUCCAAGGCAUAUGUGUAUAUUGUGGUCUUGUGUAUAUGGGUAAGAGAUGUACAAUAUACGUCUUCUGUUUGUAGCAGAUAUGAUUUUAUAUUUAUAAUAUGCGUCUCAUGCGUGCAAAGGCUGCCUAGGUACAAGUACGGUAGGGCUCCGGUCUCCUCUGGCGUUCGGGGUUGCCAAGCUGUAGGCAUUUCUGCACUAACACAUUAAGAGACGAGUGUUGAAUUCCUAUUAGGAAAACUCGACUAGAAACUUAGAAAUUGGUUUCAAGUGGCCUCCAGUGCAAGAGGGGCUGGGUAUUUUAAGGAGAUGGGGGAGGAGCAGCCCCUGGAAGAGCCAGGAUGUGAACUGUGAGGUGUCGGCCAACCUCCUCCACACUUGGCCGUGCCCUUGUGAAGAGUACUCCAGUAAUCUCCCCAAGCACUGUAGUGUGGCUGUCUGCUGUGGCGGCUUGGGCCAUUACUGUACAUCACUGCAGUAUCCUUGUUAAAGGGGAAUGAGCAUCAAUCUGCUUCUUUUCUCCUGCCUCCCUAUCGGAUUGUCCCAUUGGCUCUUCAGGGCCAUGAAGAGAAAGGCCUGGGCUCUCUUGUGUGUCUGUCUGCGCUCCUGGGGAGCAGAGAGAACAGAGGAGAUGGCUUAUGCCCACAUGACUCCUCCCUCUCUACCCUCCACACACAGACCUUGCCUCAAUGUGCUUUUAAAAACCCAAAUUUGAAUGUUUUAAUGUAACAUUUUAUUCCUGCCGGAAGGCGCCAUCUCAGUGCCAAAUGUUGAUCUCUUGGGGCCAAUUUCUUCACAGGGGGAGAUCCUCCCCCCUGCUCCAAGGGGUGAUCUCGGCAUGUCCCCUGGGGACCAGAGCGCACUGGUUAUUAUUUGAGUUGUUCUUAUUGGAAAGAGAGUCCCAGUGGCGUUAGUCAAAUAACAAUUGCUGGAGAGGCUGGAGGAUGUGAGAAUGUAAAAGUGAGAGCUGUGUUGCCAAUAAAACUCCAACCAGUGUCUCAAGAGUUGCUUUCCUAAUCUGGAGUUGUUGUCUCAGGCAUUCUGACUUUACUUUUUUUGUGUGUGCCUUUUGUUGUUUUCUCUGAGAGAGCGACCCGAUGGUCAUUAGUUUAACAUGACUAAUUAAAAAACAAAAACCCAACUAAAUCGUGUGCCAGAAGCUAUUUUAUCUGUUGGCGGGGGAGAGAAGGGGUGUAAGUGAAACUCUGCCACUGGACUAUUGGGUGACCUUGGGCAAGUCACUUCACCUCCCUGUGCCUCAUCUGUCAAAAGGGGAUAAUGAUACUGACCUCCUUUGUAAAGAGCUUUGAGGUCUUUGGACGACAUGCUAUAUAUAAGGGCUAGAGAUAAUGAUUGUUAUUUACUAAGGGUCUUCAAAUAGAUGGACUAUUGCUUCCUCUCUUCUCUGAAUUAACCUCCAGCCUCACAGCCUCUAGCGCUUCCAGUCUUGAUUUUAAAAACUCCAGGUCUUUCUAAAAGAUAGGCUAUAGUUCAGUCACAAAUGAUUGGGCUCGAUGCAGGCAUUGCUGUAGUUGAGGUUCUCUGGCCUGUGUUAUGCAGGAGGUCAGGCUACAUGAUCAUAAUGGUCCCUUCUAGCCUUACCAUCUGUGAAUCUAGACUCCAUAAAACCUGCGUCUCUUCUAAAUUAAAGAUUCCAUAUGAAUCUUACUGCUGGGGAAACGUGCUGCGGUAAACACCAUGGAAGCUAAAGUUCCCAGUGCUGAGACAGGUACAGCGUGGGAAAUGGUCUGGGGGACAUAUACCCACUGGCACCUGGACCAAUUCAUUAGGCUACUAAGUGGCUAUUACUGUGGCCCCUAAAGGCUCCAUUGUGCUAGGCGCUGUACGUGCACAUAGUACAAGAAGAACUCACCAUCUAAAUAGACAAGACAGGCAGAGUGAGGAGUGACUGCCCCAGGUCGCAACUCCCUGGCCAGGGCCCUGUCUACUAGACCAUGCUGCCGCCUCAGAUGGUGACAAUUUUUGGCCAAUACUGACCUGAGUUGGGCUCAAAGCUGGACCUUAAAGAGCAAAAAUUCCAUCUUCUCACCCCUUCCCCUGAGCCAUCCAGCC